AUGGCAAAAAAGGAACUCUUUAACCUUCUUCUAUGUGAAGGCGCCAAUAUGUUUCAUACAGACGAUGAUGGGAACAACAUUCUGCACGUGUCCUGCAUCGGAGGCCACCUGCACAUGGUGGUGUACGUCCUCUCGGGGUUUAUAUUUGACAUCAACAGCAGAGGCAAGUCUGGACGUACACCAGCAAUGCUGGCUGCAGAGGAAGGACAUAGAAAUGUGUUUAACUUGAUUGUCAGUAGAAACUGUAAUCUGAAUCUUGGCGAUUCGUGUGGUAACAAUUUCAUACAUAUUGCCUGUCUUGGGGGCAGCACGGAGAUGGUGAAUUAUCUCCUCUGUGGCAACACUGAUGCCAUCGAGAGCAGAGGCAGAGAUGGGCGCACUCCGAUCAUGUCCGCUGCAGAAAAUGGUCACACGGGAGUGGUCAAGCUGCUGUUGAGUAAAGGAUGCGAUGUAACGAGCCUUGACGACUAUGGUGAUAGCAUCCUCCACAUUGCGUGUAGUGGUGGGCGGGUGGACAUGGUGACGUUCGUCCUCUCACUAGGACACUUUGACAUCAACAGUCGAGGGAGGUUUGGCAGGACGCCGGCCUUGGUAGCAGCAGAAAAAGGACAUCGACAAGUGCUUGACUUUCUAGUGUGUGAGGGAGGGGAUCUGUCACUUAAAGAUACUGAAGAUGACGACAUUCUUCAUGUGGCCUGCGUUGGGGGAGAUGUAGAAAUGGUGAAGCACAUACUGCAGAUGAACGUUUCCAACAUCAACAGCAAAGGAAAGUACGGGAGAACACCCGUGAUGCUGGCAGCAGAGUUUGGCCAUAUAGAACUGUUCUAUUUCCUUGUGUGUAGAGGAGGCGACCUGAUGAUGGUUGAUGACAAUGGAGACAGCAUCCUGCACGUUGCUUGUGGAGGAAGUGUGAAGAUGGUCAAGUGUCUCCUCUCAAUCGAUAUCAUUCACAUCAACAGUAGAGGUUGCUAUGGUAACACCCCCAUCAUGACAGCAGCCAGCAGAGGACACAGGGCAGUGUUUGAGCUGCUAGUAAAGAACCAGGCAGAUCUGUCCCUCGUGAAUGAAGACGGGAACAACGUCCUGCACGUAGCAUGUAUUCACGGGAGUGCCAGCAUAGUCAACUUCAUCCUCCUGAAACAUGUUGUUGACAUUAACGGUAGAGGGAAGUACGGGAGAACUCCGGUGAUGUUGGCAGCAGAGUUUGGGAACAGUGACGUGUUUGAACUGCUUGUACAACACGGCGCAGAUGUAACCCUGAGAGAUGAUGACGGGAACAACAUCCUACACGUCUCGUGCAGCGGUGAUAAUGUGAAGAUCAUAAACGUUGUCUUGGUGAAUCGCAUGACUCACAUCAACAGUAGAGGACACAGUGGGAGGACCUCCCUGAUGUGGGCAGCAGAGAGGGGACAGACGGGUGUCUUUGACUUCUUGGUAAGGAAAGGAGCUGAUGUCACUCUAGUGGAUGAUGAUGGCGACAACGUCCUCCAUGUCGCCAGUGUCGUGGGUGACGCCGAUAUGGUGAGACACAUCAUCUCCAAGAACGUGGUGGACAUCAACGCCACAAACCAGCAUGGGCUAACGGCGGAUAUGAUAGGGAAGCAGAAAGGCCACCACGCAGUGACGAGCGUCUUCAGUACCCUGCCAAGGGAUGCAAGUCUAAGGUCCGGAACAAACACAGCAAUGCCCUUAGUGACAGUAACCCUGUUGAUCGUGCAGACCCACGCUAGCUGCUCCAGCCAUGGCUGUUAUACUCCUAGGUGGUCGUGUCAAGGUAUCAUGGGACAAAAAAUGUGA